AUGGACGACUACCGUGAGUUGGCUAGUGAGCCAAUUGCCAUCAUUGGUAUGAGUUGCAAGUUUUCCGGUGGUGUCACCGACCCAGAGACGCUGUGGGACCUCUUGGCUUCAGGAAGGACAGGAUGGACACGGCAAGUCAACUUGGCCAGCAAGGAAGCAAACCUCUCAGCGCUGACAACUAGACAGUCACACGUCAAAGGAGCGCAUUUUAUCCAAGACGACGUAACAUGUUUUGAUGCCGCGUUCUUCAACUACUCAGGCGAGACGGCGCAAGCCCUCGAUCCGCAAUUCCGGAUGCAACUCGAAUCGACAUUCGAGGCAUUGGAGAAUGCUGGCCUCACGAUGGAGCAGGUGGCUGGAUCGCAGACGUCCGUCUUUGCUGGAGUGUUUACGCACGACUAUCACGAGGCCCUAGUGCGUGACGAGGACCGAUUACCGCGGUUCAUGUUGGUGGGCACUUGGAAUCCGAUGUCAUCGAACCGCAUUUCACAUUUCUUCGACUUCCGCGGCGCCAGCAUGACCCUUGAAACGGGUUGCUCAACCACCUUGGUUGCACUUCACCAGGCCGUUCAGAGCCUGCGUAACCGAGAGGCCGAUAUGUCUGUGGUCACCGGUGUCAACUUGAUACUUGGUCCAGAUCAGUUUAAAGCCAUUGGCUCGCUCGGCAUGCUGUCGCCGGAUGGCAAAUCAUACGCGUUCGACAAACGAGCCAACGGCUACGGGCGUGGUGAAGGAGUCGCGACCAUUUUGAUCAAGCGACUGUCAGAUGCGCUGGCCGCCAAUGAUCCGAUCCGCGCCGUCAUCCGUGAGACGGCCCUCAACCAGGAUGGCAAAACAGAGACCAUCACGACGCCCUCGGGAGCCGCCCAGGAGACGCUCAUGCGUGAAUGCUACCGGCGAGCCGGUCUUGAUCCGCGUGGCACGCAGUAUUUUGAGGCCCACGGUACAGGAACACAGGCUGGCGAUCCGAUUGAGGCGCGGGCUAUGGCCGGCGUCUUCUGCGGCGUCGAUGAAGACGGUACCGGCGGCCGCGACGAGGCACAUUACCUUCGUAUCGGCUCAGUCAAAACAAACGUGGGCCACACUGAAGCGGCUUCGGGUCUUGCAGCCGUGAUUAAGGGAGUCUUAUGUCUCGAGAGGGGGCUGAUCCCACCCAGCGUCAACUACGAAACACCCAAUCCGAAGCUCAAGCUAGACGAGUGGCGUCUCAAGGUGGUAACGGCAUUGGAGCCAUGGCCUGAGAGCCUCAUCGGGGGUCCGAAGCGUUUGUCAGUCAAUAACUUUGGAUAUGGCGGUAGCAAUGCGCAUGUUAUCAUGGAGAGUGCCGAGCCGUGGACCUCGACGCCGAUUCUAUCUCUCCCAACCAAUGGGAGUCUGAAUGGCAAUGGCCAUGUAAACGGAAAUGGCACCAACAACCGUCAUUUGAACGGCAAUGGAAUUGGCGUCAUCAAGAGCCACUUGAACGGUAAUGGUUAUAUGAAUGGGACUCACAAAACGGCUGGCAGUAAAGUGCUGGUUUUGAGUGCUCGUGACGAGCGUGGCUGCCAGCGUAUGGUGGAGGACAUGAAGACAUAUCUGGAAAAACACAAAUCACUCGACUUUGAGGCUUCUGAGUUGCUACUACGCGAUCUCAGCUAUACGUUGGCGGAGCGCCGUACCCCUUUCCCGUGGGUGGCAGCUCAUCAGGUCCGUUUGGAAGUCAACGGAGACACAGGCUUAGACAGCCACCCCCUGGACGCUGUCAUCGAAGCCUUUGACUCGCCGAGAUUCAAGCCUAGCCGCACACCUACUAGCCAGACACGUAUUGGCAUGGUAUUUACCGGUCAGGGAGCGCAAUGGAACGCCAUGGGGCGUGAGUUGCUCGAAGAAUAUCCAGUGUUUCGACAGUCCAUCGACGAGGCCGAAACUCACCUACAUGACCUGGGAGCCUCCUGGUCGCUGCUGGAGGAACUACAGCGUGAUCCCAAGACAACGAGAGUACACGCGACAUCUGUUAGCAUCCCCGUGUGCGUGGCGGUGCAGAUCGCGCUGGUUCGCCUCCUCAAGUCUUGGGGCAUCAAGCCCGCAGCGGUCACUAGCCACUCGUCCGGUGAGAUCGCGGCAGCCUAUGCGGUUGGGGCGUUGACCCAUCGCCAAGCUAUAGCAACGGCCUACUAUCGUGCCGUUCUGGCGGCUGAUGAGUCGAGCCGCGUGCCUGGAGCGCCAAAAGGAGGCAUGGCGGCCGUCGGCCUCGGCGCGGACGAUGCGCGGGAAUAUCUCGAUAGAGUUGCCGAUGUAGGCAAAGUCGUGAUCGCCUGCGUCAACAGCCCGCAGAGCGUCACCGUCUCGGGUGAUAAUGACGCCGUAGCGGCCGUCGAGGCUCUAUGCAAAGAGGAGGGUGUGUUUGCGCGCAAGCUCAAAGUCGAGCAAGCAUAUCACUCUCACCACAUGGACCCUUUGGCAGACGCUUACCAUGAGCUUCUAUGCAAGGAGAUGGCGCGGACGGUUACAAAGACGCUGGAAACAGAGACAGAAGAGGAGGAGGAAGACGGUGAGCUCAAGGUUAUCUUUUCUUCAGCCGUCACCGGCGGCCGCAUCACAGACGCCAAGGAGAUCGCCGACCCCGACCACUGGGUUGGCAGUCUGGUUCAGCCGGUGCUGUUCGUUGACGCCUUCACAGACAUGGUGCUUGGCGACACUGAAGAUGCCAGCGGCCGCAACAUCGACGUGGUGCUCGAGGUUGGUCCGCACACGGCUCUGGGAGGACCCAUUCGAGAGAUCAUGGCACUUGUCGAGUUUGAUGGCAUCGAGUUGCCCUACUGGGGCGCUCUGGUGCGCAACGAGCAUGCUGGCGAUACUAUGCGUACAGCGGCCAUCAACCUGCUACGGGAGGGUCUGCCGGUUGUCAUGAGCGAGAUCAACUUCCCGAAGCCAUCGUCAUCUGACCGCUGGCACCUCUAUGAUGCCGACUUGCCUCGCGUGCUUGCAGACCUGCCCACCUAUCCUUGGAAUCACUCAAUGCGCCACUGGCAAGAGGCUCGCGUCAACUAUGCCAUCCGGACGCGCAGCCAGCCACCACAUGAUCUGCUGGGCAUGCUAGUCCCGGGAACUGACCCGGGCACGGCCAUCUGGCGCCGCUUAGGCAGCAUCGUAUAUCCGGGCUCCGGCUACGUCUGUCUGGCCAUUGAGGCCGCCAACCAGUUGGCCAAAGCCGAGGGCCAUCAGGACAACAUUUCGGGCUUCCGCCUGCGUGAUGUCGACUUCAUGUCAGCCCUUGUGAUCCCGGACAGCGCUGAAGUCGUCGAGAUCCUAACCAAGCUGAGGCCCGUGCCGGAGAGGGAGCUCGGCCUCCGGGGCUGGCGGCGCUUCGAGGUGUCGACGGUCACGCCCGAGAACCAGUGGACGCUGCAUGCUCAGGGCCUGGUUACCGUCGAGCUGCAAUCCAAAGAUGGAGAUGAGGAAGAUGGCAAUCAAACCUCGGGAGGUCUCCGUCCCCUAUCGGCUUAUACGCGCCACAAGGACCCACGAGAUAUGUUUGCCCAUCUACGAGCGCGCGGCGUGUAUCACGGCCCCUUAUUCCAAAACACUACAAAGAUCGUACAAGAUGGCCGUGAGCCGCGAUCAAUAACAGAUGUCACAGUUCGGUAUGAGUCGGCGGCCGACACUGACCCGGUAGCGGCCGCGCGAGAGAGUGUAUUGCACCCCAUCACGCUGGACGCCGUCGUGGUAUCGUUCUUCUCAGCACUGCCGGGCGUGGGAGCGCAGGUCGAGGACCCCAGGCUGCCACGGUCGAUCGAAGCCAUGUGGGUGUCAAGCCGCAUCAGCCGUGAAGAUGGCCACACAUUGCGCUGCGACACGUCGCUUUCGCACGACAACCCGCAAGGUGGCCGUGCCGACGUGAUCGUUGUCGAUGGUCAGACCGGCGUGACGGUGCUCGAGAUCCAGGGACUCGCCUGCUCCUCUCUCGGUCGUGGCAGCGGAGCCAUGGCACGCCAGGGCGCAGCCAACGGCACUCAGGCCAACGACUGGGAGCAAGAUGUUUGCAGCAAGGUUGAGUGGGCAGCCGAUUUAUCUCUGCAACAGCCAGUGGCACUGGCUCAGAUCAAGGAAGAGCUGGCUAAUGAGGCAGAUGUGUCCGCGGCUGUUGUUUCCAGUCUUUCUCGUGCCGUUGUCUAUUAUGCAGAUGAGACUCUCAAGUCGGUCACUGCCGACGACGUGGAUCAGCUGAAAGACCAGCAGCCGCACCUCGUCAAGUACUAUGCCUGGCUUUCACAACUAGUCACACAAGCUGACAGCCGGAAAUGGCUGGUGGAUAGUCUGGAAGAGCGCCAAAAACACUUUGCCGUCGUGGCCUCGCAGGGUGUUGAUGGCGAGUUGAUCAGCCGUCUCGGCCCCAUGAUCAAGUCCAUCCUUCAUGGUGAGAGCAACCCGACGGUGGCAAUGGCGAAAGAUGGGCUGCUGUACAGGUAUUAUGCCCAUUCCGUGCGUCUGGCACCGUCACUUACACGCCUGUCGACGCUGGUUCGUAAGGUUGCCCACAAGAAUCCAGCUGCCCGUGUUCUGCAAAUCGGCGCCGGCACUGGGGCUGCUGCCACUCGGCGUAUUCUCGAAGCUAUUGGUACUCCUAAAACCUCUGUAAUAGCCGGCUGGCAUAUCGCCGAGCCCUCAACAGAUAUUUUGGAAGAUACCCAAGCCGAAUUGGCCGACUGGGCUGACUUUUUGGAGUUCAGCGUGCUCGACAUCAACCGGGACCCGUCCAAGCAGAGCUUUAUACCCGAAAGCUAUGAUAUCGUUGUAUGCUACCAGUCUUUGCAUUUGGCUGAAGAUGUGGCUGGAACUUUGGCCCAUAUUCGAAGCCUGUUGAAGCCCGGAGGCAAGCUGCUGUUAGCAGAGACGACUCGAGACCAGAGUCAGGUGGACUUAUCUUUCAUCCUUGGCCUGCUGCCUACUCCAGUCUCACCCGUUUCAAUAUCAUGGGAUAGCGUGCUUCGCGAAUCUGGCUUUAGCGGUACUGACAUUGCCAUCGAUGAUACCACAACCACCAUCCUAUCCACGCGGCCAAUCGUCGAGCACCAGAGGCCGGAUCUGAGACGUGCCAGCAACCCUGGAGGCUUUGCCAUAGUAACUGGCAAUAAGACGCCUGCGCCAGCCGGCCUGGUUGAUUCACUAUCACAACGUAUACAUGAAUUGACAAAAACCACCGUGAGUCAUCUCGUGCUGGAAGAGAGCACCGCUGGAGCAUAUGAGUCCAAGGUCUGCGUUUUUGUCGGUGACAUCGACGAGCCUACCCUGCUGACCGACCUCGACGCCAUACGCAUUGAGGGCCUUCGUGCUAUGGUCACCAAGUGCGGCGGCCUUCUCUGGAUCACGACUGGUGGCGCCGUCGAGAGCGAGCGUCCCGAGCAAGCACUUGCCCAAGGCUUCUUGCGAGUUCUCCGCAACGAGUACGUCGGCCGGCGCUACCUCUAUCUAGACCUGGAUCCUCGCGCCGAAAAGAACACUGAGAAUAUUGUGUCCACCAUUGUUCAAGUUCUCCAAGAGGGUUUUGGCCAAAUACAAGACAUUUUGGCUACUGAGACUGGCUCAGCUGAGUUUGAAUAUGCUCAACGCAACGGCGUAUUGCUGAUCCCGCGUGUCUACAAGGACGAGGAGUACAAUGAUUUGGUCACCGGCCCGCUCACAGCAACUUGGGGUGAUCUCGAUGCUGCUGCUGCUGGCAUCCCCUUGGAACCCCUAUUUCAGCAGAACCGGCCAUUGCGGCUGGAGGUCGGUAUCCCGGGACACCUGGAUACGUUAGCGUUUGUGGAUGAUGAAGACGAUGAUGACACAGAUGAGAGUCCUACCCCUGAAGCCGUUGAGAUCACGCCGCGGGCCUUUGGCCUCAGUUCGCGUGAUGUUAUGGCUGCCUUGGAUCAAUUGAAAGAUCGCUCCAUGGGUCUUGAGUGCGCCGGCGUAGUCUCCCGUGUUGGCGACGAAGCUCAAACAAAAGGCGGCUUCAAUGUCGGCGACCGUAUCAUGGCCCUCUUGCCUGGAAGCGGCAGCGCUUCUCUCCGCAGCAACAUCUCGGUCCCCUGGAACGGCGGUAUCGUCAAGGUACCCAGCAGCAUUACCAGCUUCGAAGAGGCCGCAUCUGUGCCAUUGGCUUUCACAAUCGCGUAUGCUGGUCUCAUCGAUGCUGCACGUCUUGCACCAGGACAGUCUGUCCUUAUUCACGCUGCAUCUGGAGCCAUUGGACAGGCCGCCAUUAUGCUGGCGAAGCAUCUCGGUGUCACGGACAUCUAUGCCACUGCCGGAACACCUGAGAAGCGUGAGCUCGUCAGUAAGAAGUACGGAAUCCCUGCUCAGCGAAUCUUUAGCAGCCGUGACGUCUCAUUUGGUCCGGCUGUCCUGGCCGCCACAGGCAGGCGUGGUGUUGACGUCGUGCUCAACACGCUGCCCGGCGUCUUACUGCAGGCCAGCCUCGAUGCCCUCGCGCCUCUCGGCCACCUGGUUGAGAUCGGCAAGCGUGAUAUUGAAGCCAACGGCCUGCUCGCAUUGGCGUCUUUCUCACGCGGCAUCUCAAUGACGGCACUGGACAUUCCAACUCUGGUGCAACGGCGCCGCGCCGACGUUCACCGUGUGCUUUCCGAGGUUGCCAAACUCAUCCAGGAACAGGCCCUGACGCCAGUCUAUCCCGUAACGACCUAUUCUCUGCCUGACGUCCAGGAGGCAUUCAGAUUUAUAGAAACCGGCGCACAUACCGGCAAGGUCGUCCUCUCGGCCGGGCCGGACGAACAAGCUCCGGUAAUACCACGACCGAAACACGCCACCGGCCGGCUCCGGCUCCGGCUCCGGCCUGAUGCCUCGUACCUUGUCGUUGGUGGCAUCGGUGGCAUCGGCCGCUCAAUCGCUCACUGGCUGGUGUCUCACGGCGCCAAGAACCUGAUUCUGCUGUCACGCAGUGCUGGCAGUCUCGAUUUGCCAGACAACAAGGACACCAAUGGAGCACUGUUCGUCCGGGAGCUGCGCGAGUCUGCCGGUUGCCGCGUCAAGCCUGUAAGCUGCGACAUAUCGCUAGCCAGCGACCUGGUGAAAGCUCUACGUGCCUGUGUAGAUGACGGACUCCCGCCUGUGCGCGGCGUUGUCCAGGGCGCCAUGUUGUUGCGCGAUGCCAUCUUUGAGCAGAUGACGCUGGCCGACUGGCAUGGCGGCUUGCGGCCCAAAGUCGACGGCACCUGGAAUCUGCACACCGAAUUCGCGGCACCAAACACUCUGGACUUCUUCGUCAUGCUUUCGUCUGUCUCAGGCGUUCUGGGCAUCGCAUCGCAGACCAACUAUGCCGCUGGUGGCUCGUAUGAGGACGCCAUGGCGAACUGGAGACAGUCCAAGGGGCUGCCGGGCAUCUCCAUCGACCUGGGCCCAAUUGCCGAUGUUGGCUACGUUGCUGAAACCGCCAAGGUGGCUGAGCGUCUGCGCAAGUCUGGAGACUAUGUCAUGCUGGACGAUAACACUGUACUUCGAGCGCUUGAAGCCGCCGUGGCACGGCCGCUCGGUGGCCGGCGCCAGAUCAUUGUCGGCCUCAACGCCGGGCCAGGGCCGCAAUGGGAUGCUCACGGUGGCUCACAGCUUGGACGAGAUGCUCGCUACGUGAACCUGAAGCCCCGGAAUAAGGUAUCGCGUGCGGCGCCGGACGGUACAGCUGGUGGCAAGCUUUCACUCGCUUCACAGCUAGCCGAGGCCAGCUCGCGAGAUGAGGCUGCUCGUAUCAUCGGCGCCGCCAUCGCCGACAAAUUGGCGAGCAUAUUCAUGAUUGACGUGGCAGAAAUCGACCUCGGCAAGAAACCCGCCGGCUAUGGCGUUGACUCGCUCAUCGCAGUCGAGUUGCGUAAUAUGCUGGUCCUUCAAGCUGGCGCUGACGUCUCCAUCUUCAAUAUCUUGCAAUCUGCCUCCCUUGCUGCUCUGGCUGCAGACAUGGCGGCAAAGAGUAGUCAUGUUCAAGCGGCUGCUUAA